GUUGGAUUUUCUUUGCUGUUACCUAGUGAGGUACUGUGAUUUAAGCAGUGAUGUGUUUGGGGAUGGACCAUUGAAAUAAACAAGUGAUACUCUACUAUGGAAGGGCUAGAGGGCUAUAAACCUUCCCAGAAAAACUGGGCUAUGAAACAGUAAAAUUCUGUUUUGAAUAUCUUUUUAAUGAGUUGCAAUGACAUUUGUUAUCCAGAACUAACCAUGUUCUUGUGGCUAAUUGCAAUCAAAUCCCCACAAUAACAUUCCAUUAUCUUGUGUAAAGCCCAACAGAGUAGAGAUUGUUCAGGAACCAGAUGUGAGCAGAUGUCUACAAACUUUCCACUAUACUUCUAUGUGUAUAUUUGAUCUUUAUGUUAAUAUUUUGUGCUUUCUCACAUGAAUACUUGUAUUAGUUCUAACUCAGAUCCUCAGUGUCAAUACACACUUCUGACAAAACGUCAUAUCAUAGGAACCUAAAACAGAGAGGAAUAGCAUGCAGCUCCUGAGUCGAGCCUUUUUUGUUGAGUAGGCUCCUUUUAUUGAUUGCCGUCUAUUAGAGAGAAACCGUGGGUGAUGUCGAGCUGUGGGUGGGUUUUGCGUUUGCUGACUGUGAAAGCUUACGUGCUGAAAUGCAUUGGUAGCUUGCUGCUGUCAAUCAAAGGGUUCAUUAAUAAGGUUUUUUUGCCAUAUUUGAUGGAAAUGUGCCAUUAGCGAUACACGAUGAAAGUGAUCUGACAACAAUUAUUCUUGAUUAUUCACGUCCAAAAUGGACUGCUUAUGUUUCCCUUGUUCUCAUAUCAUAUUGUUGCUCGUUCUCACAAAGGCAGAUACUUGGCAUUUGAAUAGAGCAUGUGUAGUGCUGCUAACAGCUUGAGAUGGAUUGACGUCGAGUGGAGCAGAUGAAAGGAAAGUUGUUACCGCUCACUAUGUCAGCUUUCUCUUUCUUUUCCUUAGCCCGGCAGCAGCGGCAUCGACCUGGGAUUAGUGUGACGUCACUGCCACAGCCAGACAGAAUAUAUAAUUGAUGCUUUUUGCUGAGAGCCACGCUCCCUCUCUCCUCGCAGUCAGCAUCAGAGACAAAGGGAGAGGAGGAAACUGGGAAGAGAAGAACCAGAGACGGAGAGCGAGAGAGAGAGGGAAGGAGCGCCAAUACAGCAAAAAAUCUUGUUUUAGUUUAGAUUGCCCUCAGCUCAGCCACCGUCUUUCUCUCAGUCUUUUUCAGAUUUUUUUCUCUCUCUGUUCCUCAGCACUGUUUUUUUUCCACCUCUCUUGUCUCUCCUCUCCCUUCUUUACUCCUUUUAAUUGGAUUUGGAGAGGAGAAGUGGGUGGCUACAAGCCGAGAAGGUUUUUUAUUACUUUUAUUCCGAACAGGGGCUAGCUGACCUCCACCUCUUGCAGUGCCUGGAAUAUCUGGAUUCUUUACAGAAGCGUUGUGUGUUUUCUAAGAUCCAGUGGAUUGUAAUUUUUUACGUUGCUGGUGGGCUGCCCCUGUACUUUUGCAUGAAGAAUAUGGGUGGAUAUUGGUAGCAUCCCCCUCCUCUCUUUAGAAUCGAAGAUAUCAACAAGAAUAUUACUCAGAAUUUCCAGCAAAGUAGCAAGCCUUACAGAUCCAAACCGCAGGCGCUUUCAGAGACUAAGUUAACUCAGAGACGAGCUCUAAAUUAGGUUCCACUGUUCUGCUCUUUGUCCUCAACACAUGUAGGUUAAUGGGGAGUCGCUCGCACUUUAGAGCAGAUUUAGUUCACCUGGGGUCAUGAAGAAAAUCUGGUCCAAGAAAAGGUUCCAGAGAGCUGGACACUCUAGCUGGAUGUUUGGAAGACUCACUCAUGACUCAGAAAACACAGAUGAUGAGAACGGGGAGUCCCAGGUCUCCAUGGAAACGAAAGAAAGGUCCAGGGCUCAAGCUGUUGGCAGUCAGCUGAAAGGUGGUGGAAAGACAACCGUUGCCCAUAUUCCCACUCCAUGUGAUGGCCCCAUAGUGGAGAGAGAGAUGAUGGCCCUGGGCUCAAGAGCCCCAGGUCUACAAGACCCCCUCCAGCCUGGCAGGCAAGCAAAUGCUGGGAGGCAGUUGGACUCUUUUACAGGGGAAGUAUCCCCACUUGUCUCAAGUCAACCUUCAGAAAAUGCCCAGAGCCCCAUAUCUCCCUCACACUUCAUUAGUGGGGCAGAAAUAACAACAGCCCACAAUGGUAACAAAAAGGUAGUAGAUGAAGAACUCCCAGGAAAAAUCAAAUCCUCCAAAUCCUCCACCUCAUCUCAGAGUAGUGGUUCCCAAGACCCAGCCUUGCUCCAGACACCCAAACUCCCUCGAUCAGGUCCCAAAAUCUUUGAUAAGGUAAGAGCCUUUGAGGAACGCAGGCACAGCAUUGAUGCACCACAAGUGACUUUGUCAGGGUGUCCGACGGUUGGUUUCAGCCAAAGUACAUCCAGCGGUUCUGAAGAUGGGAGUAAAGCGUUUAAGGUCUGUGACAACCCCAUGAGCGACGUGGCACUCAGAAGGUCAGUCUUCAAACAAAGAGCCUCCUCGCUGGAGGAACAGCCCGGCUAUGCCCAAAAGGUCCAAAACUUUCAAAGCAAGUUCUCAGAGGAACUUCAACGUAUUAAAAAACUUGUUGGGAGACCUAAUAUCAAGGAAGCUUUCUCAACUGAGCAUCUCACCCAGACUGACAGGCAGCCAAUGGGCAAGGCUGAACUACUUGAUAGACUUAAUGAUGCAGAUGAGAAAAAAAUUAACAAUGCAGAAGUAUCUCAAGAGGACCUACCAAACCUACCAACAAAAGAACUGUUGCAGCAAACAAAAGCAGAGCUGUUCUAUGAAGCACCAAAAUGUGAAGGCAUAUUGAAAAUAGAACCCCAAGUAGAACCUACUGAUGAGUUACAGCUCAACCAUUUAGUAGAGAGCAUGGGCACCUUUGAAAAAGUCAGUGUCCAGAAAGUGUCAGAACAGUGUUCACCAAGGAUUACCAGAAAAACCUUGGGAAGUAGAUUACCAUCCCCUACAAAAGAGGUACCAUCUCCAGAGGCUGAACAGGCAUUGCCCAAGAAGGAUCGAAAGUCUUCAAGCCCUGUGGCCAAAAGAGCACAGUCCUCCCUCCAAGAAGAAGCAACCCGAGCACCUCCAAAGCCCCCAAGGCUUCUUGGUUCAGCUUCCACAUUUCCAAGAUCAUUUAAGGGAAGAGAAGAGAAGAAGUCCCGAUCACUCCUGCCUAAACUGACCAUACCUACCAUUGUAGUUGAAAGUGAGCCUAUGGAGGAAGACGAGCAGGUGACAGUGUGUAGCCAGAAAAUAAUAAAAAGAACUGAGGAGAAGAAAAGAGAUGGAAGAAGUAAACAGAUGCAACCAAUGUCCCCAGAGCAAGAGGACUCCUCUGAUGAUUCCUACAUGUCUGCAGAAGAGGAUCCAGAAGGGCUUUCUGCAUUUAAACUUCCUCUUAAGGAUGCUGUGGUUGCCCCUGGCUCAGAGGUGACGCUGGAGUGCAUCAUCACAGGAAACCCUUACCAAGAGCCUGUACAGGUGAGAGGUGGAACUUUGAGCUUGCCGCUGGAGCAGACUUGUAGUCCAGUGGCCUCUGAUGAGGAGUUUCUGAGCCCCAUGGAGGAAGUUGUGGAUUUUGAGGUGCUCAACAGGACUGAGACAAGGUCACAGUUAAAAGAACCUCCCAAAUUUCAGGUUGCCCUGGGUGAUCAGGUAGUGACCGAGAGAGAAGAAGUCAUUAUGUGUGUCCAGGUGUCUGGGCAGCCGAAGCCAGUGAUCCACUGGCUUAAGGACAGAGUGAAUAUCAGAACAGAUGGCCGGCACGAGCUCCGUGAAGUGGACAAUGGGAAAUGUGAGCUGAGAAUCAAGUCGGCUGAAAAAUCAGAUGCUGGAGUUUACGUGUGCAAGAUUAUUAAUGAAUAUGGCACCAAACAGACUGAAUGCCGACUGGAGGUGAAAGCUCCUCCUCCACUGGAGGUUUUGGCCAUUACCAGCCCUGUGCAGGAUGUGAGGGUCCGCGCUGGCAAAACAGCCCUGUUCGAGUGUCAUGUGACUGGUCCGCAGGACAUAGAUGUGGACUGGCUGGCCAGUGGGAAGCUGAUACAGCCAGCCCUACUGGACUGUAAAAUGCAGUUUGAUGGGAAGAGGUGCCGCCUGUUGCUCAGAUCCGUCCAUGAGGAUGACAGUGGCUGCUAUACCUGCAAACUCAGCACAGCAAAAGAGGAGCUCAUUACCAGCGCCAAGCUCACAGUCAUCCCAUCAAAGGAACCCCUCUUUACACGAAAGCUAGAGGCACUGGAAGUUAUUGAAGGUCGAUCUGCACGUUUUGACUGUAAAGUCAGUGGCACACCACCACCUGAAGUAACAUGGAUACACUGUGAACAACCAGUAGUGGAGAAUGAAAAUAUUCACAUUUUCACAGAGGGUCGACAUUCCCUGGCCAUCUCUCAUGCUACCAAGCAGAAUGAGGGGUUUUACUCGGCUAUUGCUCGAAACACUCAUGGUCAAGCCGAAACCUCAGCUGAACUCUAUGUGCAGGAACCUCGGCCAGUCAUAUCAUCUCACAUGUCAAGAUUGGAGAAAAUGCCUUCCAUACCAGAGGAGCCAGAGGUGCUGGAGGGAGAGAUGGAGCAUAGGACGAUGCCAGACUUUGUGAAGCCUGUUACCGACCUCGAAGUGGUAGAGGGGAAAGAGGCAUUACUGAAGUGUAGAGUGACAGGCAUGCCAUACCCCACCAUUGCCUGGUACCAUAAUGGCCAAAAGAUAGAAAGUACUGAAGACAGGAAAAUGACACAGUACGGAGAUGUCCACAGUCUGGUUAUUCGGUCAGUGUGUCAUGGCCACAGUGGUGUGUAUAAAAGCGUCAUCUCCAAUAAGGUGGGGAAGGCCGCUUGCUAUGCUCAUCUGUAUGUGACAGACAUCAUACCUGAACCACUAGAUGGGCCUCCAGUAGUUGAGUCCAUAACUGGAAGAACCAUCACGAUAAGCUGGAAAAGACCAAAGAAUCUUGAUCCAUCCAUUGACCCUAGUUCCCUCAUGUAUGCUGUACAGCGGCAGUCUUUGGGCUCCAUCCAGUGGACGAUCAUAGCGUCCAGUCUGAGGGAGACUUCUUACACUGUGACCUCCCUUUCAAAAGGAGUCCGAUAUGCCUUCAGGGUCCUCUGCAGUACUGGCAAAGCCUUCAGCAAACCCUCUCAGCCUACGGAUCUGGUUCAGCUCAUUGAUAAAGGGCAGUACCUACGCAAAGCACCAGUCAUCCUGGACAAGCCUGAUAUUGUGUAUGCAGUAGAAAACCAGCCUGUUGUCAUUGCAGUAACCCUAAACCAUGUACAAGCAACGGUCACUUGGAAAAGGAGGGGCGUGGCACUUGUGAAUAAGCCUGGUACAUAUGAGAUGCUUAUGCCAGAUGAUGACCAGCAUGCUUUGAAGAUUUCCAGGGUGAAGGGAACUGACAUUGGGCAGCUGAUUUGUAUGGCAAACAACCAGUACGGCUGUGACCUUUGCACUAUUCAGCUAGCAAUGGCAGCACCUCCUGCUUUUGAGACCAUCAUGGAGGACUUGGAUGUGUGUGUUGGUGAAACGCCUCGUUUUCCUGUGGUUGUUGGUGGGAAACCUGAUCCUGACAUUUUAUGGUACAAGGACAAUGUACUGCUUGCAGAGAGCAGUCAUUUCACUUUUGUGUAUGAUGACCAAGAGUGCUCCCUUAUGGUCCUCAGUGCACACCCUGAAGAUUCAGGAGUGUACACUUGCACAGCUAAGAACCUGGCAGGAGAAAUCUCGUGCAAGGCUGAGCUCACUGUCCAUGCUGCAAAACUGGUGGAGAAGGAGGAGGAGCAAAUAGAGGAUGAAGGGACCAUUCUAAGGCGCAUGCGCAGGUUAACAGAUUACUAUGACAUCCACAAGGAAAUUGGCAGGGGAGCUUUCUCAUACGUUAAACGGGUGGCCCGGAAAGGAGAAAAGCUUGAAUAUGCUGCAAAGUUCAUAUCAGCUCGGGCCGAAAGGAAAGCCUCUGCUCUAAGAGAGAUGGAGCUACUGGCUGAGUUAGACCAUGAGAGGAUCCUCUAUUUUCAUGAUGCAUUUGAGAAGAAAAACGUUGUGGUUAUCAUCACAGAACUAUGUCAUGAGGAGCUUUUGGAAAGACUGACGAAGAAGACCACCGUCUUGGAGUCUGAGAUUCGGUCUUGCCUAAGGCAGAUAAUAGAGGGCAUCUCCUACCUACAUCAGAAUGAUAUCAUCCAUUUGGAUAUAAAGCCUGAAAACAUCCUCAUGGCAGACCGCAAGAGUGACCAGAUUAGAAUUUGUGAUUUCGGCAAUGCUCUGAAGCUUACCUCAAACGAAGCACAGUACUGUAAAUAUGGGACACCUGAAUUCAUUGCCCCUGAAAUUGUUAACCAAACACCUGUCUCUAAAGCAACUGACAUCUGGCCUGUGGGAGUGAUCACGUACUUGUGCCUCACUGGAGUGUCUCCUUUUGCUGGUGAAAAUGAUCGAGACACAUUGCUCAACAUCAGGAAUUCUAAUGUGGCAUUUGAAGAGAGUAUGUUUGCUGACCUGUGCAGAGAGGCAAAGGGAUUUGUCAUUAAGCUUCUUGUAGCAGACAGACUGAGACCUGAUGCCACUGAAUGUCUUCGACAUCCAUGGUUCAAGACUCUAACAAAGGGAAAGAGCAUCAGCACAACAGCGCACAAGCAAGUGUUGGCUAGGCGGAAAUGGCAGCGUUCACUCAUCAGCUACAAGUCUAAAAUGGUGAUGAGGUCCAUCCCAGACCUGCUUGAUGACUCCUCUUGUUACGUGUCCCUUGCUGUGCCCAGGAACCUCAAAGAGGGCUCACCACCACCCUCAUCCUCGUCUGACUCUGAUGAGGACAUUGAUGAGCUACCCUUCAUACCCAUGCCUCUCACAAUGAUGUUUUCUGGCUCCCGUAUGUCUCUGACUGAGAUUCAUGAGGAUGACGAAGUUGCUGGAACACCCACUGGCACCUACCAAAACCUUCAUCAGAAUAAAGAUGUUAUGGAAUGUGAGUCAUCUGAUUGUAUGCAGAAUGUAGACCACACAGAAACCCUAGAACGGACUGAGGCACCAGAGCUGCCAGUGGGAUCGAGUUUGGAGGCAGAGCAAGCCUCAGCCAAGCCCAGAAGGAGAGUGUUGCGAAGAGGAAGUUCUGCUGACAGUGCCCUUCUUCUCCACAUCACACCUGAAGAAGGUGCUACGGAAGAGGCUUCAGAGGAAAGCAAGAAGAGCAUCAAAAAAGCAGUGUCCAUGGAGCUGCCACAUAGGAGUAACAGUCCUAGUCUGGGUAAAUUGAGCCAGGAAGACUAUGCGCUGAAACUGGAACUCAUGAGGCAAAAACUUCUCAGAGGAGGCUCUAUGGAUAAGAAGUUGAGUGGGCUUCGUGGUCCCCUGUUUGAGACUCUGGGUGUUGACGAUGAAAGGAGGACUGCUUCUUUAGACCGCAACUUGCGGAGAGCUAGAAUGGGUGGCCUGACCCGGGCCACCACUGCUUGUCACAGUCCUGGAGAGAGCCCACCCAAGACAAAAGUGUUUCGGAAGAGUGCUUCCUUUACUCAUGGUGAAUCAGAGCCCAUGCCCCUGCAUAGGAGAUCUGGCGCUCCACUUGAGAUUCCAUCAGCUCAGUUUGAAGAGAGCAAACUGCAAGAAGCAAAAUCCAUGUCUGGGCUCACAGAGCAAACCAAUUUAGAGCCUCAGUCUGUGCCUCCAAGGGAAAUUUCUUCCAAGCCACCGACUCCAGACUUAAAAGCUAAAGAAAUCACAGAGGAGGAAGAGAGAAAUAGCACAGAGCAGAGUGAGCCUUUGUUGCAGCCUUUAGUACAGAACAAUAAUCAGAAAAUGGAGAAGACAGAGGAGUGUGUGUCUCCUUCAGAUUUACAGAUGAAAGAAAGUAGUGAAAAUCUCCCACAUGACAUAGCUGUGACAAAUUUUAGCACAAUGCAGCCAAAUGGGAAGUAUGGUGCUCCAGACAAACCUUCACCGGUCCUGAAGAUCUCAGAGCCAGAAACUUCAUCCAGCAUUGAAUACCCAGCUGUCUUUGCAAAAGUGGCAUUUUCUUCUCCGGCGCAGCAACCAACUCUUAGAUCUGAUAUCAAAGACAUUGACUCAGAGGAAGUCUUUGAAGCUAGGUUUAAGAAGCGAGAAUCCUCUUUAACACGUGGCUUGAAGCACCUCACAAGGACAAUAACUGAGGAAAAAUCUCCUAUUCUUUCACAAAAGUCAGGUGAAGAGGUUUAUCGACCAGGGCCAACAGGCGCACCGCUGGAGUUUGUGUCAAGAGUAUUGCAGGAAAAGUCCAAGUCAUUGCAAGACUUUAGGGAGGUGGACAGGGAUCCUGGUCUCGGAGUAAUUGGCAGGCUGUCUUUGCGUGCAAAAAAGACUCAUGCUACUGACAGAAAAGAGGGAAAUACAAAAGAGGACAAUCCAGACUCUGUUUCCAGACGAAGAGUGACCUGGGCGCUGGGGCAUAGUAAAUCUCUGGACAAGAAAGCAGGUGAUGCCGGGGACUCUAUCCGCGAGAAAGGCGCAGAGAGAGAAAGAGGCCGCAAGAAGCUGUCAGACUCGCCAGUUUUCUCAAUGCGACGGAAAUUUGAGUCUAAGGUUUCAAGUAUAUCUGACAGAAUGCGUAGUAAGUCACAGGAAAGAAAAGAGAAUAAGGAAACACAUCCUGAAGUGAAUACUAAGUUCACAAACAAUACUAAGGAGAAACAAGACAUCAAGAAGGUCAGUGAUUCACCAGUGUUAGCAAUGCGCAAGAAGUUUGAAUCAAUUUCUGUAUCUUUAAGAAACCGAAGUCACUCUGAAGAGAGAUGUGGAGAGGAAGACACCAAAAAAGAGGGAAACCGAACACCUCUGCUUGCACGACUCCGCCAUUCGCAGUCUGAAGGUGUCAAUUUAAAGAAGAUGGACAUUCCUGAGAACCAAUUAGCUUCACAAACUGCCUGUGCAGUGUCCAAAGAGUCACUAGACUCCACAUCAAGCGCCCAGUCUAUAAAAUCAUCUCAAACCCCUGAAAGUGACCGCAGGUCUCGAUGGGACAGUUGGGGGUUGUCCAGAACAAAGAGAGAUAGGACACCUUCUCUGUCAAGCAUUCCCUCAACCCGUUCAGAAGAUGAUAGUCAGACCUCACAUCGAUAUACCCGAUCUGUCUCUGAUUUCCCUCCACUUUUCCAUAUUAAAUUGAAGGACCACAUUCUUCUGGAGGGAGAUCCAGUCACCCUGAGUUGCCUCCCUGCUGGCAGCCCCCAACCAAAAAUUGUCUGGUUGAAAGAUAAGAAACCUUUAGAGAUUGAUGACAGAAUGAACUUGAUGUCUAGUCCGGAUGGAAGACAGCUACUGAUGAUAAUGAAGACCGGCAAGAAAGAUGCUGGACUUUAUGAGUGCGUGGCAACAAAUAACCUGGCCUCUGCAACCAGCUCCUGUACCUUGUCUUUAGCUAGUAUUCCAAAACGCCCAGGGACGCCUGAGAUUCCUCAGACAUACAACAAUACAGCCCUGGUGCUAUGGAAACCAGCGGACAACAAUGCCCCGUGUACAUACGCACUUGAGAGGAAAACUGACGGUGAUUCCAACUGGCUGACUGUGGCUGCAGGAAUUGCCGAUUGUUAUUGCAAUGUCACGGACCUUCCAUCUGGUGUAAACUUUCGUUUCCGUGUGGCAUGUGUGAACAAAGCAGGCCAGGGCCCAUACAGCAAUGUCUCCAAGAGAGUUGGCAUCGUGGCUUCAAUCCCCCAGCCUGCUAUAGUGAAGACAGUUCCAUCAGCUUGUCCUCCUGUGAUCACAGCUGCUGUUACAUCUGCACAGCCAGCAGCUCCCCUGUCCUCUUAUGCAGCUCCACAGACUCUCACCUCCGCUGCCCCUUGGAGAGUUACUGGCACUACACCAGCCUCACCUUCCUCCACAUCUAAGCCUUCUACUCCUCAGCCUGUGGUCUCAUCACUAUCAGCAGCUAAUGUUACUCCCAUCAUUACAGAGCCUAAGGAACAGGCUGAUGUUAUAAACACUGCCCACACAGUUGCUGUCAACCAGUUGCCCCCAAAGGUGAAAUCUGCCCCACCCUUUGUCCCCCCCAAACCAAACAGCCCUGUAAACAUGGUUCCCCCCAUCACACAAAUACAGUCUGUGAGCCAAAGGCCAUACACUGCUCCAUCUUCAGUGGGUCAGCCAAUUUCUCCAGUCCCUACAUAUGUCCCAGCCUCCACUGCUCCAGUGGCUCCUACCCCAAUCACUCCUCCUGUGGUUCUAGCAAGCAGUAUCAGUCCUAUUGGGGAUGGAGCUGUUUCCACUUUGACAGAAACACCCAUGGGAAGGGCGAUCCCUGCAACCAAAAGUGACACAACUUUGAGGCAGGGAGUUCCACAGAAACCAUACAUAUUUCUGGAUGAAAGAGCCAGGGGUCGAUUUGGUGUGAUACGGGACUGUCGGGAGAAUGCCACUGGGAGAAUGUUCAUGGCAAAGAUUGUGUGCUAUGACCAAGAGAACAAGCAGACCGUGAUACAGGAGUAUGAGAUCUUGAAAUCCCUUCAUAAUGAGAGAAUCAUGGCUUUACAUGAGGCUUACGUCACACCCCGCUACCUGGUCCUCAUCACAGAGUGCUGCAUGGGCAAAGAGAUUCUGUACAGCCUUACUGACAGGUUUCGUUACUCUGAGGACGAUGUGGUGGGUUACAUAGUCCAGAUCCUGCAGGGUUUGGAGUAUUUGCACAACCACCGGAUCCUUCAUCUAGACAUCAAGCCAGAUAACAUCAUGGUUACCAACCUCAGUGUCAUUAAGAUCAUAGACUUUGGCAGUGCACAAAACUUCAACCCCCUUUUCCUUAAACACUACAGUAGAGAUUUAGGAACUUUGGAAUACAUGGCACCAGAGAUGCUUAAAGGGGAUGCUGUGGGGCCUGCAGCAGAUAUAUGGAGUUUGGGAGUUCUUACAUACGUUAUGCUAAGUGGCAGGCUUCCGUUCCAAGAGAAUGACCGGCAGCAGACAGAGACCAAAAUACACGCAGCAAAGUUCGACUCGACUAAGCUGUACCCAAAUGUUUCCCAAAGUGCCUUGGCUUUCCUCAAAAAAUUGCUAAAUGGCUAUCAGUGGACCCGACCCACCACUAAAGACUGCUUCAGCAACGCUUGGCUGCAGGAUUCUUACCUGAUGAAGCUACGACGGCAGACCCUGACCUUCACCACCACACGACUGAAGGAGUUUCUUGGAGAUCACCAGCACCGACGGGCUGAGUCAGCCACCAAACACAAGGUCCUCUUGCGGGCCUACCAGAGUGGGCCUCAGUCGCCAGCCUCACCUACAGCACCCAGCCUAUCCAGCACACCUGGCACCUAAUAAAAACCUUCACUCCACGCAGAGCUCUAGAUUACCAGAAGGCUGAGAGGCCCCACUCUCUUCUAACCAACUACUAAGGACAGGAGUGGAAGAAGCGAAGUGGAUUCUUUAUCCCAAGUUGAAAAGCAUUAAAUGUUAAUGAAUACUGUUGAUGUGUACUACUAGUAGGUAAGUAAUAACAGGUUGAACUGUGGUAGUUUGAAGAUCAUGGCACAAAUGUAAUUUUAAAAGGUAUGGUAUACAGAGCAAUACGAAACUCCAUGUGUUUGGCCUUUGGCUGAGGAAUGUAGUAACUGUUCAUGUUUUUUUUCUAAUUUCAGCAUACCCCAACAGAAUUUCUCAUAUUAAACUAUUAGGCACUGCAGAAAGACAGGACACACUGGCCUGUAUAUGAAGCAGAUUACAACAACUCAGCUUUCUUAACACUAUCAAAGUUUCAUAUUUGCUAGUGUUUUUUUAUUUUUCUGAUGUUCUAUUUUCAGUUGCACCUGACUGUUGCUAAAAUAUUUUAUCUGUCGGAAUGAUUGUAAAUGUAUCAAACAGUUAAGGAUAAUGAUCUGUACUCUGUAUAUUGGCUUAAAUACAGUGUUUGCUCAGAAAGGACACAGAGAGUGGCUGUGAAAAGAGUUUUGCUGCACUGAAUGAUCGCUGGUCGUCCUCCUGGAAAUCAGCCUUAAUGCUAAUGCUCUACAGAUUUGAUCCAAAUCUAACCAGCUUGAUCCAGCAAAUCAGUUUCUUUUGAAGGGCCCAUAUUCUGUUCUGUAUUCUUCUCAUAUUUUUUCUUGAGGUCAGUUUAUAAUGUAUUUUAUUGUAAUCUUUUUAUGUGCAUUACCAUCACAGUGGUUUUCCAACCUCUUUUUAUCCCAUUGAAAAGCUGCUUUUGUAGUUGUGCCUUUAAGAUCUCGCCAUAUAAAUGAUCCCUGUUCUGAUUGGCUGACCCCUUCACAAGUGCCCUGUGUUGUGCCUACUGCAAAAAGCAGUCUGGGCUGAAAUGUGCAUCAGUGAGUUGGAUAAACUGCGCUAGGCUAAAUAUGUGGUUUUAUGUAAAUAUGUUUGUGGUUGUGACAUUACAAACAUGAAUUCAAAAAGGGCUGUUUUUGCAACAUAUUUGCCAAAUAUGGACUGGGGUGUGAACAGCACAUCUUGAAACUUAUCAAUUUGCAUAGUACAUUAAACUUGUAUAUAUUUCAAAAAUGCAAACAAAUUUUGUUUUUCUGUGAUUAUGGGCCCUUUAAAGACUGCAAGUUGGAACCAACUCUACUGGAAAGUAGAAAUCCAGGAGAAGGCCAGUGUCCAUGGAUAUAUAGGAAAUGUUGCACAGUGUUCAUUGAAAGUAUGAUCAUGAAUGUAUGUAUGUGUGGUAGAUGUGUCAGUACUCCUAGAUGUCAAAUAGCUCAAUGUUACUUCAUUGCAGCUGUGUAAAGUUCUAUUUAUUUAUGUAUUUAUUUCUCAGUGGUUGCAUCCAUGUAUAUUAUUCUUGGUCUGGCAUGCAUUCACAGAGCACUUUUUCAAACAAGACAGUAGUAAACGUGGAUUCAACUCGGUCAUAAUUCAGUUCGUAUUUCUGCUGGGGUUUUUGUAAAAUACAAUGGGAACUGUAAUGCUGUGUAAAUAUGUUCACAAGUUUUUGUUUGUACUUCUGGAAAUCAUUUUGAAUUUUUUUUGCAAUGUGUAAUUUGAAUUACUGAAGUGUUCACUGAAUAAAAAAA